AUGCCACCAAGAAUCCUGAUCGCAGGUGCCGGUAUAUCAGGCUUGGCGCUCGCACAGGGUCUGCUUAAUCAUCCAACGAAAGAAUUCGAAGUAAUUGUGUUUGAGAGAGAUGCUGGACCACAAGCUCGGUGGCAAGGCCAUCACAUACAGGUCUACAACUAUGGUGCCAAGGCUCUUCUCCAUCUCCUGCCUCCGCACCUCAUUGCUCGAUUAUCCGAAGUGCUCCCACCACACAUUGAGAAUGAAUGCCAUUCAGCACAAAUCAUUGACGAAUCAGGAAAACGGGUUGUAAUAUUCGGAGCCAAACAGGCGAAAGAUGUACACGAUCUGGCACAAAUAGAUGAGAAAAAAACUGCAUGGAUGAUGGGAUAUAGACCAGGCUUGAGGAAUUUAUUGCUAGAUGGCGUGGAUGUUAGGUGGAGCAAACAGGUUAUCGGAUAUGAAGAAAGUGAAAACAGCGUCAGGAUUUGCUUUGCAGAUGGAACAGACGAAGUCGGAGAUGUGCUUAUUGGAGCAGAUGGUGUCAAUUCAAUAGUAAGAUCGCAGAAAUUUCCAAACUCGUAUAAACAACACCUUGGCGUAACCAUUGUCCCAACAGACGUUCUCGUACCUGCCUCGUUAGCCAAACGCUACCAUGCUUUCGCCAAACAUGCUUCGGCUACAGUUUUCCUUGGUCCCGAUGGACACGAGCUUCUCGUAACCACUCGACUUCAUUCAAUCACCGAAGAUUCUGCUACGUUCUAUCGCAUGACGUUGCAAUAUGGGUUUCCCUCUGCUGAAACCAAUUACGCGGUCAGCUCUCCGGCGGAUGUAGUAAAAGACAUUAAUAAAUUCUUGAUGAAGUGGAAAAGAUGCGAGUUGACCGAUACUUUGUUGGAAUUAUGGAAACUAGCAAGAACGCAAGAUGUGAAAGUUGGCGGUAUGACUUAUGUGCCACCAGUGAAGAGAGCACUAUUUGAAGUAGCAGGAGUACCAGAGGAGGGUAAAGCAAGUCGGGUGACUUUACUGGGAGAUUCUAUCUGUGGAAUGUCGCCUUUUCGGGGCCAGGCCGCCAACAUUGCAUUCCAAGACGCGGUGUCAUUACGUCGUGCAUUGGAUAAUUACGAAAAGGAAGGAUUUGUUAGAUGCAUUGGUAAUUACGAGAAUGAAAUACGUCCACAUGAUCUCAAAGCUCAAAUUGCUUCUCGUUAUGUAUGUCAUCUUUAUCAUAUUGGAUUAGAGAGAACAUUGAAAGGCGAAUUUCUACGGUCCUUUUCAACUAGAGAAAUGACGCUGUUCGGUCUUCGCAAGUGGCCAGUACCCAUACUUAAACCUCUGUCACCAUUUAUAAUUGCUGCCACUAUCGUUUAUGUUGGUGUUUGGAAGUUGGAAAGCGCGGCACAAAGCCAUCCACCGUAUGACACCGAUCCUCGUAAUCCAAAAGCCUACAUGAAUUCCAAGCUAAAGAAACAUCAUGCGGAACACUAA